CCAGGUGAACACGCUCGUGUUGCACGGGAAAAUAGUGUCCGAGUGUCAUUAGCUAUGCGGUCAAGAUCAGAGGAAUUCGAUCGGCCGAAAAACCCGAAGAAAAACGCCAAUUUUCUAUCGACCAUCACGUUUUGGUCGCAAACUCUUAGGUAUGCGCUGAAGACGUUCAUGAUUGGGAGAAAGCGCGAUUUGGACGAGUUUGAUCUCACUGAGCCGUUGGAGGAGCACAAGUCGUCCAUUCUGGGCGAGAAGUUGGCUCGAAAUUGGACCAAAGAGGUGCAGAAUUCGGCCAAGAAAACGAAAAACCCCAGCUUGACGAGGGUCAUUAUUAAAACCUUCAAAUGGGAUCUGAUUUUCUAUGGGUUUUUGCUGUUUGUAAUGGAGGUUUGCGUCAGACUUCCGCAGCCGAUAUUCAUAGGACUGUUCAUCCGCUAUUUUAACCCCAAGAAUUUAAAAAGCUCGGAAAAGCAGUUCUCCCCUACGUACCUACUAAGAGCGGUGUUCUACUUCUCGAAGAAUCAGAGCCGCAUUUCCAAAGAAGAGGCUUUUUUCUUCGCCACUUGCAUCAUGAUGUGCAGCCUAAUUACUGUGGGAAUCUUCCACCCUUAUAUAAUGGCCGGCUUGCAUGUGGGCAUGCAGAUCCGAGUAGCUUGCUGCUCAUUGGUCUACAGAAAAGCCCUCAGGAUCAAGCUGACGGCUUUAGGGGGCGAAACAGUGGGAAACACCGUCAACCUCAUGUCGAACGACGUGAAUCGGUUCGACCAAGCGCCUCUUUUCCUGCACUAUCUCUGGAUCAGCCCCCUGCAGGCCUGCCUCAUCGCCUUUUUUAUUUAUCUGGAAAUGGGCGAUUCCUCUUUCUAUGGAAUGUCUGCGGUUGCUGUCGUUGCGCCACUGCAAAUUUUGAUGUGCAUUGCAACGGCUUAUUUGCGCGUCCAAGCCGCUUCCAGAACGGAUAAGCGAGUACGACACAUGAACGAGGUGAUCCAGGCUAUGCAAGUGAUCAAAAUGUAUGCCUGGGAAAAUGCCUUUAUCGACGUGAUCAGCAGGUUGAGGAAGAAAGAACUGAAGAUGUUGGUGCUCACCUCCUACAUCAGAGGCAUCACCAUGUCCUUCCUAAUGAUAACCGCUCGGGCCGGAAUUUUCCUCACCGUUCUGAGCUACGUUUGGCUGGAUAAUGCGAUCACCGCCGAGCAGGUUUUCGUCAUUGGGGGCUAUUAUUUGAUCAUUCGCAUCAGCUGCACCGUCUACUUCCCCUUGGGCCUCAAUGCGAUAGCCGAAGCUCAAGUUUCCAUCCGUCGAAUAGAGCGCUUCCUGCUAACUGAUGAGGCAGUUGUGGGGGACCGCAGCGUUUUGAACCCCGAUUACGACCCAAACCAGAUCGUUCCUUUCAAGAGGGAAAAAGGAGACUUAAACCUUAGGGCCAGUUCGGUAUUUUCGGCUGAUUUUCCUUUGAGGGACGCUUCCAGCAGAACCACUAGAAGUCCAGAGGCGCCAGCCCAAGUCACGAUUUCCAGAGGAAUCGCCAAAUAUGGCAAGGCGUUGUGCCUGGAUAACAUCAAUACGCAAAUGAGCUCUGGGCAGUUGGUGGCGAUUGUGGGUGUAGUUGGAUCUGGAAAAACCUGCUUGUUGAACCUGAUCCUGGGCGAACUGAAGCUUUUCAGCGGCAAAUUGCAUGUGUCUGGAGUGGUAUCGUAUGCCUCCCAAGAGCCGUGGUUGUUUGCAGGCUCAGUGAGGCAAAACAUUCUAUUUGGCAAGGAGUUCAAUCCAGACAAGUACAUGCAGGUGAUAAAAGUGUGCGCUCUUAAACGCGAUUUUUCGCUUCUGCCCUUCGGCGAUCGCACGAUUGUCGGCGAAAGGGGCACCUCCUUAAGUGGCGGGCAAAGGGCCAGAAUUAAUCUAGCCAGAGCCAUCUAUAAGGAGGCUGAUAUCUACUUAUUGGAUGAUCCGCUGUCUGCUGUAGAUAUCCAGGUCGGGCAACAACUGUUCCAAGAAUGCUUGCAGCAGCACCUCAAAGACAAGCUGGUCAUUCUAGUAACGCACCAGCUGCAGUACCUGAAGCGGGCAGACCAAAUCCUGAUUUUAAACGAAGGCACCAUCGAGGUGCAGGGCACGUACGAGGAGAUCAAGAGGAGCGGGCUCAGUUUUGCCCUCCUCCUAGAAGAAUCCACCAUAGCGGCUUCUUCUGUUCAGCCCGAACAGGAGAAGGAAAUGGACAAAGUACUGAAGGCCAUUUCCCUUACCAGUACCGCCUUUAAUAGUGCCAUAGACAUUGAGGGCUUGAAGUUGGGCCCUAAGAUGACUCCUGAAAUGCGAACCUCCGGAGCAGUAGCCUUAGGCAACUACAAGUCCUACUUUAAAGCGGGAGGAAACUGCUGGAUGCUGAUUCUUAUGUGCGGGCUGUUUCUAGGCGCUCAAUUUUUGGGCAGUGGCGGCGACUACUUCCUAAGUCAAUGGGUUAACUUGGAGGAAUUGCGGGCGAAUUACGGCAGCGCAGAGGCGGCGGGAUUCUGGAACCGCUUCAAUCGCCAAGCCUGCAUAAACAUCUACACGGGAAUCAUGAUCGCCACCAUAGUGGUGGUCAUCUUUAGAAGCCUCUAUUUCUUCUCGAUUUGCAUGAGAGCCUCCUACAGGCUGCACAACAGAAUGUUCGAGAGCAUCAUUAAAGCGGCCAUGCGCUUCUUCCAUCAGAACACCUCCGGCCGGAUCCUGAACAGGUUUUCUAAGGAUCUGGGGCAAGUGGAUGAACUGCUCCCUAAUGCGUUUAUUGACACUGUUCAGCUCAUGCUGACUCUAGUUGGAUCAAUUUGCGUGGUAUGCACCAUAAACACAUGGUUUCUGCUGCCCGUCUCCCUCAUGAUGGUGCUUUUCUACUUCCUGAGAAAGUUUUACCUGAAGACCAGCCGGAGCGUAAAGCGCUUGGAGGGCAUCGCUAGAAGCCCAGUGUUUGCCCACCUAAAUGCCACGCUCCAAGGACUGCAGACGAUCAGAAUCAACAACGCCGAGAAGAAUCUGGCGGAAGAAUUCGAUCACUUGCAGGAUAUCCACAGCAGUGCCUGGUUUAUGUUCCUCUACACUUCCAGAGCGUUCAGCUUAUGGCUGGACUGGAUCACUGCGCUGUUUAUUGGCGUGGUUACUUACACGUGUGUCAUCAGCCCUGGAAGCUUCCAGGGCAGUAGCGUUGGGUUAAUCAUAACUCAGGCCAUCAGCUUAACCGGGCUGAUCCAGUGGGGAAUGCGGCAAUCUGCAGAGUUGGAGAACCAAAUGACUUCCGUUGAAAGAGUCCUGGAAUUCACCCGGAUCGAGCACGAGCCCGACUUGGACUCAGCUCCAGACAAAAAACCUCCAGGUUCUUGGCCGAAAAAGGGGCAAAUUGAGUUCAUCGACACGACGAUGAGAUACAGUCCGCACGAUGCCCCAGUUUUGAAAAAUCUGGACAUUAUCAUAAAACCGCAGGAAAAGAUCGGGAUCGUUGGAAGAACCGGAGCUGGAAAGUCGUCGUUGAUCCUCACCUUGUUCCGGCUGGCGUACUUCGAAGGCGAGAUCUACAUUGACCAUUUGGAUAUCAGCGUGCUCGGGCUUCACGACUUGAGGAGGAAGAUCUCCAUUAUUCCUCAAGAACCGGUGGUUUUCCACGGCACUUUGAGGUACAACCUGGACCCGUUUGAUGAGCACACUGAUCAGGAGAUGUUAUCCGCUCUGGUGGAUGUCGAAGACAAGGAUGCCAUCUCUAAGGGACUUGCGUGCCUCGACAAAGUGAUGACUGAAGGCGGGCAGAAUGUGAGCGUAGGGCAGCGGCAGAUGAUUUGCUUGGUGCGGGCCAUACUGAAGAACAACAAGAUCCUGGUUAUGGAUGAGGCCACUGCCAAUAUGGACGCUCAGACGGACAAACUCAUUCAGAAGACUAUCCGGACCAAGUUUGCUCAGUGCACUGUUUUGACUAUUGCGCAUCGGCUCCAUACGGUUAUGGACUCGGAUAAGAUUCUGGUGAUGGAUGCGGGUGAAGCUGUGGAGUUCGAUCAUCCCAACAUACUGCUGCAAAACCCUAAAGGAUACUUGUCGGAGCUGGUCAGGAAGACUGGCACUGGAACAGCAGCUUUUCUGAAGAAAACUGCCAAAGAGAACUACGAAGCUCGACAGAAAACGCGCCAGAUUUUGGAGCAAGACGGUGCGGAUUCCGCGAGGUCCUCCCUGUCUGAUUUGGCAUGAUCCAUUGGCUGGCGAGCCUGAUUUUAGUAAAACCCCGGAACUUAAGAAAAUAGUUAUAUAUUGAAUAUGUAAAAUACAUCUUUGCCUAGCCCUUAACUAAGUGUACAA